AUGUCCGAACCGCUAUCAUCAUCACCAGAAGAUUCAUCGGAAUCAUCACCAGCAUCACCACCUCCAGCAUCAUCUUCAUCCCCAAAAAAACGAAAAGAGUAUAAGAAUUCUAUCCCAUACAUACCAAAGAAAAUGAAAUAUCAACUGAAAGAAAAAACAAAACGCGAAAUAGAAAUAGAAAAAGAAAAAACAAAACGUGAACAAGAAAAAACUAAACAAUUACAAUUAACUCUCAAACCUACAUCCAACCUAUCAACUCAUAUGCUAGUAUUUAUAUUUCAGAAAAAAACCAACAACACAUUACUGUUGUCGAUGAAAUGGAGCUCACGAACUGGAUUACCCAUAGCCAGGUUAAUGAUGGUAUAUUAA